ACGCCAACAUUUUCAGUACACUUUCAAUUGAGUUCCAAGAGGCAUAUAAUUGCAAUUAGUGUGAUAAUAAUUCUAUUGUUUGUAUUGUCUCAUUGUUCGUUAAGGUUGAUGGUGUAGUCAAUAAAAUUAGUGAAAAUUUCUGAUAAGCGAAAGACAUGCCAGGCGUUGUGUUUCUUAUCGUUGUACCAACAGCGAAUUUUGAACGAGAACUUGUUCAGGACACAAAGUAUGAAAAACCCGAUUUUUACACAGUACGGCAGCCCAACCAUCUGCAUGGUAAUAACCUUAAUAUUAACCUUCCCGAAAACAAUGCCGUUUUACGCCUUGAAGUUGAAUUACGUGACAAAAAUACGAGACAUCGUCAGAAUAAUCAGGGAGGUGUUAGAAGAAAUGGUCAACAAUCACAUGCCUUAAAAGACGACAUCAAUAAUUACAUAGUACCAAUGGAAAAAGUCCUCGAGGAGCUGCUCCAUAAACUGCAUAUCGAACAUGUUACUUGGAGCUGUGACAAAAAGGGAAACUACCAUCACGUUAUAUUUCCACUUCAAUCUGGCGAUCCAUGCGAAACGACACUUCACUGUCUAACCGAAUUGAAAAUUGGAAUUAAUUUCGGUUCGAGUGUAAGUGUACUUCCAUGCACUGUAACGUACGAUGCACUGAAAGAUAGUAACUCAUUUGAAGAGCCGUACAGCGACGACGAAGAAUAUUCUAAAUGGAAUAGUUUCGUUGAUUCGAUUAAAUCGAAACUAACCGUAAAGCAAGUGGUUGAUGGCGUAAGAGCUGGUGGUGCACUGUCAUUUGACUAUCUACUUUUAAUUUUAACUGCUGAUGCUUUAGCUGCGCUCGGAUUAAUCGAAAAUAACGCACCAAAUAUUACUGCAGCCAUGUUAGUCUCUCCACUAAUGGGUCCUGUCAUGUCAGUAACAUUUGGUACCAUCAUAUCGGAUCGAGAGUUAGUGAAAUCCGGAUUUUUGUCUCUAUUUUUGGGGAUGUUCAUAUCAAUGGUGUUUGGCCUUAUUUUCGGCUUAAUUGUGGGUUCAACCGAAAUGCCGUGGGGAUUUAAUGAUUGGCCUACAGAGGAAAUGAAAGGACGUGGAAAUGUACGAAACCUUUGGGUGGCUGUUUUAUGGGCUUUAAUAUCUGGUACAGGCGUAGCAAUAGCUCUACUCCAAGGAGCAGCUGGACCAUUAAUAGGUGUUGCUAUUUCAGCAUCACUACUUCCACCAGUCGUGAAUUGUGGUCUAUUUUGGUCACUAUCAUGUACUUGGCUACUAUAUGACGGUGUUAAACUACCCCAUAUAAAGGGUGAACCAUACACCGGAAAUUCAUCAUAUGCACCGCUUUAUACGAAUUACAUGCCAACGGAGUUCUUCAUAAACGGUAUAGUCUCUGUGAUGCUAACAGUGGUGAACGUGAUAUGCAUCUUUACUACGGCAAUAAUCGUCCUGAAAAUCAAGGAAGUAGCAGCACCAUACACAUCGAGUCCGGAUUUACGAAGAUUCUGGGAGACGGAUAUCCGCACUGUACGAAAAGCUAAUCAAUCGACAAUACGUCGCAAAAAUGCUGGAAUGAAGACGUCACCAUUCCCCAACUUGAACGAUCCAAAAAAUAAAAAUCUCGAAUCAGCUCUUGAAAUGGCACUCAAAGAAGCUGUCGAUGAUGAAACGUUCCGCAAAGUGAAACGAAUGAGCUAUUCAAACAAUGCUGCUGAAGAGAUUACCCAGCGACUGGGCCUAUCUGCCAACGGUAGUGGUACUCCGAACAGCGGUGGCAUGAACUCUUUGCGCAACUCUAAACUCGGAACCGAUCUAUCCGUUUUGGACAAAUUGGUUACGUCCAUUUUAGAGAGGCAUCAACAACAAAAUUCUCAAUCCAGAUUACAUAGAUUGCGAUCGUUAACACGAUCAAGGAAUAAUUCAUUGACACGGUCGUCCGUUGAAGGUGGUACAAUGCAGUCAUCGACAUCGACGACAAUGCCAACAAUUAUGGAGAGUAAUGUUGGAAAUAACAGACCGUCGAGUUCAUGGUCGGAGCGCAGUAUUCAGGUUCCGGGAGUUCGGCAGAUCAUCAAUACGCUGACGAAUGCCCCGCAUAGCUUUUCUCAAAAUAGUAAUCGUGAUGAUGAAAGCACUAAUAUGUUGGAUUGAAACUUAUUUUAGUAAAAAUGAAUGCUAUCUAGCCAAAUGUCUGUAAAUUGUGUCGCAUUUGUAGCAUUUUUUAUGUAUAAAUACAGUGAAGGCUUAGAACUUUGUAAUUAAUAUUGAAUAAAUAGAAGCAAA